AAACAAUUCAUAGCUGACGCAGCAAAUCCGUAUAUGCUUCAAGAACGGACAUCUAUAUAUAGAGUUGCUUGUAGCUUUGGCCAGGCACAACCACAGCAAAAACCAUCAUUCCACGAGCAGACGCGGGACAGUGCAGAGCUUCCCAGAGAAGCUUAGGAGCAACGAUGAAGAGUAGCACACUCCUGGUCAUCCUGAUCCUUCAGGCCGUCCUGGUCAUGGGAAUCCUCUCACAGGCGAACGCCGAGUUCCCCAAGUGCUGCGACAACUGCAGGUUCUUCUCGGGGGCCGUGGUCUGCGAUGACGCCGGCCCCAAGUGCCGGGACGGCUGCGUGAACUGCCGCGUCGUGCAGACGAGCCCUAAGAAGACGUUCCGAUGCGCCGAUGCUCGCGCCGACGACGGCACGCCCUGCAAGCCCUGCAAGAAGCACUGAUCGCACAUGCUCAGGACAUAAGAUGUUGGACCGAAAAUAAAAGCUCGCAUGGGUUGAGCAGAGCAGUGGUGGCUGUACGUGCCCGCGGUCCACGCCCAACAACAAUUGUAGUUGUCAUCGUCGUCGUUAUGCUUUUUUCUCUCUCCAGAAAAAGCUGUUGUCAUUGCUCCGUGAAUAAACACAUACAUAUGUAUCAGUGUAUGCGUCUCUGCUCAAUUAAAUAAAAAUCAGUUUAUUUGUGUCGAUA